AUGGCUUCCACUGGCGCUGGCGGCACCUUGCCACCAAACUUCCUCUUGACCCCGCAACAGCAGGGCCUGCUCUUCGCUGCCCUCAACUCCAACAAGCAGCAGCAGCAGCAGCAGCAGCCACAGGCCUCUGGCUCGCCCGUCCACAAUGCGCUGUCCCUCUCGCCAACUUCCUUUGAGAAUUCCCCCAUGCGGUCCAAGUCUUCCCAAAACCAUGCCUACCAGGAGAGUCCCUACCUCGACAACUACGACUACGACUUUGGCGACUCCAGCUUCGAUUUCUCUUUCGCUACCAACGCCGACGAACAGGCCAGGAUGAUCGGAGAUAUUCCUACCGCUGCUACCGUCAGGUCGGACUCCACAGAGAAUGAGGGCAAUGAGAAGCGCAGUCAUCCUGAUGAUGAGGAUGACGAGGACAGCCCUGGAAACGACCCCAAACGCCGCGAGAGCACUGAAAAAGUCCCCAAGAAGCCUGGCCGCAAGCCUCUCACCUCGGAACCCAGUUCGAAGCGCAAGGCUCAGAACCGAGCGGCCCAGCGUGCUUUCAGAGAACGCAAGGAGAGGCAUCUCAAGGACCUCGAGACCAAGGUCGAAGAGCUGGAGAAGGCAUCCGAGGCCGCCAACCACGAGAACAGCCGGCUGCGUGCCCAGGUUGAUCGGAUGACAUCCGAACUCAAUCAGUACAAGUCGAGAGUCACCCUGAUGACAAAUCCCAAGGCCAUUCCCCGUGAGAAGGUCCCUUUCGGCAAUGCUGCCGUCAACAACCUCAGCGACGUCAACUUCCAAUUCGAAUUUCCCAAGUUCGGCAUGCUGCCGGGUCCUCUUACCACCAACAAGCCGCAGAAAUCUGGCUCUCAACCCACCAGCCCGCAUCAGCAGGUCUCAGCCACGACGCCCUCAAACGGCCUGACAAACGGCAACGAUUCGCCGCAGAUGCAGUACAAGGACGAUCUUUCCAAGUUCUCUGGUAUCUUCAGCCCCUCAAUGUCUAGCUCCGCCACCAAUGUCUCACGAGCGAGCCUUGACUCCGCCAACUACAGUGUCGGCGGUGCCACGAGCUCCCCUUCGGCAUCCUCUCACUCCAAUACAGGCCCUAGCUCAUCCUGCGGCACCUCCCCUGAGCCUUUUACACAGUCUCCCAUGGGCUUUAAACCCGUGGAGACCCUCACUACCAUUGGCGAGGAGCAUCCAUCCGUCUCCAACGGCGAGCCCGUCUCGCGAUUCUCCAAUGUCGACUUGAGCAGCACUAACUUCGACUGGCUCGCUCAACAGAAUGGUGGCCAGUUCGACCCUCAGCUCUUCGGCGACUACCGUGAACCCCAGGAGAAUGUCCUAUCCAACCCAUCUUUCGAUGACUUCUUCAACGACGCCAUUGAUACAGAUUUCUUCACGCCCUACAAUGUGGCUCCUAGUCCCAACGUCGCCAAGAAUGCGCCCGCCCACAAGAAGAAUCUCAUUGAAGAGAUUGAUGCUCAGCAAAACAUGGAUGAUGGACCUCUCGCCAAGAAGCAGAACAUGAACUGCAAUGAGCUUUGGGAGAAGCUUCAAUCCUGUCCGAAGGCCCAGAACGGCGAGUUUGACCUUGACGGUCUCUGUUCAGAACUCACCAAGAAGGCCAAGUGUUCAGGUACUGGGCCCGUGGUUGGAGAGACUGACUUUGAUACCAUCUUGGCCAAAUACAUGGGUAAAGAGGUUUCAAAGAGUUGUGUCGCGGAACAACUUGGCGUCGAGAUCAAGUCAGAUGACAAGGUCCGAAUCCUUCCGUCGGCCACGAGUAUAAAGCGAUGA